AUGGUGUUCGCAAAGACGUUCUCGAGUUUGGUGGACUACCCACUCGAAUCUUUGCUCAUUUUGUCAUGUGUGCUCUCCACUGUGUAUAUCCUUAGCAAUGAAUUCGUGCGGUACAUGGCCCGCAUUAAGGGUUUCAAGGGUCCGCCGGGGCUUCUCAUGAUUGGAAACCUCGAGCAAAUCCAGGAGAAUGCCGCUGAGCAAUAUCGACAGUGGUCUGCAGAGUACGGCCCCGUGUACCAGAUCCAGUUGGGCAAUAUCCCUAUCAUCGUGGUUAAUACCGCAGUUUCUGCAAAGACACUGUUCGGCCAGAAUUCUCAAGCAUUAAGCUCGCGACCUGAGUUUUACACAUUCCACAAAGUGGUGUCAAACACCGCCGGUACAACAAUUGGAACUUCUCCUUAUAGUGAAUCCCUCAAGAGGCGAAGAAAGGGAGCGGCGGCUGCUCUCAACAAACCAUCUGUCCAAUCAUAUGUUGGCCAUUUGGAUCUUGAGACUAAAGAUUUCGUGGCUGAACUGCUUAAAUAUGGACAUGCGGGGAAUACGGCUAUUGACCCCAUGCCUAUGAUCCAGCGGCUCAGUCUUAGCCUUGCUCUUACCCUAAAUUGGGGAGUACGGAUGGCAUCGCAAGAGGAGGAGCUUUUCAAAAAAAUCACACAUGUCGAAGAUGAGAUUAGUCGAUUCAGGAGCACCACUGGAAACUUACAGGAUUAUAUCCCUCUUCUUCGCCUGAACCCCUUCAAUUUUGGGUCCAAGAAAGCCGCAGAAAUGCGGGAUCGCCGUGACAAGUACUUGCAACAUUUGAAUGCUGGCCUCGAGGAAAGGAUGGCCAAGAAUGAGCAUCAGCCAUGCAUUCAAGCCAAUAUUAUGCUUGACGAGGAGGCUAAAUUGAAUAAAGAAGAGCUUACUUCAAUUAGCUUGACUAUGCUUUCUGGAGGAUUGGAUACCCUGACUACAUUAAUAGCUUGGAGUAUUGCUCUCUUUUCCCAAAGACCCGAUAUUCAGGAUAAAGCUGCAGACGCUAUCAAAGAGUUUUAUUCUCAAGACCAACCGCCAUGUGAUGCAACGGAUGACCAAAAGUGUGAAUAUAUCGUCGCGUUGGGCAAAGAGUGUCUUAGAUAUUUCACGGUCCUUCGCCUUGCACUCCCCCGAACUUCGAUCAAGGACAUCACGUAUGAGGACAAAGUCAUCCCAAAAGGGACCGUCUUUUUCCUCAAUGCGUGGGCAUGUAACAUGGGUCAGUAUAUUUAUUUUACCCUCGUCCGUCCUACCUGUGCAGUAUCCUCGACCAUACGUGCUAACCUUUUUAUCUUUGAAGACCCUUAUGUAUGGAGUGACCCCGAAGUGUUUCGCCCCGAGCGCUGGAUCGAAAAACCAGAAGCACCACUGUUUACAUAUGGCCUCGGCUAUCGCAUGUGUGCUGGAUCGUUGCUGGCCAACCGCGAGAUUUAUCUCAUCCUAAUGCGGCAUUGCUGGUAUCACGUAGCUGUUGGAUAUCCUCUAACUCCGCCCGUUUUGCAGCUACCAGGGCAGCUAAACUUGAGGAUUGACUCCCAGGGCGGGAUGAUAAGUGUCAAGCCAAGACCUUCUCCUACGACCGCAAACACAACUGUUGAUUUUACUUCCGUCACCAGAAAGAGAACAUCGCAAGAAGACGAAACGCGACACAUCGACCCCUGGAGGCUCUUAAUCUCAUAUGCUAACGACUUCGACCCGAGAGGGAUCACCUUUAUCGCUGAGCUAAGACCACGGUCUCGACCAGUUAUGGCUCGAUUAAAUGACCUACCCACAACGUUGGACUCCAUCGAGUCCUUAAAGCGGCGCUUCAUCAGACAAAACCGCGAGAUUGCCCGAGCCAAUUCAGUACAGUCCAUCCGCAUAAGAACACUCGAGGCAGAGGUAUCGCAUCUCCUGGCCGAAAAUAUCACACUACGAGAGGGAAUUAUCUCCGCAAAUAACGAGCUUGAGCAAUAUCGGACGGGGUCACAUUUCGAAAAGCGCCUCAACUCUCUGCGAGAGAGAUUCGAAUCAGGCUUAGGGGAGUUGACGGCACUCGUUAAGGAUCUCAACAAGUUACCGUCCCAGAGUUGUGAAAACAAUGCAUCUACCCUGAAAGAAAAUCAACCCCAGAAGGAAGCGGAAACAAAACGAAUUACCCCCAGAAAUCUCCUACGACUUUCCGAGGAUAACGGCCUGUUAGACGAUGGCAACUGCCUGCCCGCAAUUCCUGAAGAUAAAGCGUAUGCCCCAGAAGUCGACGAAGAGCCAGAAGAGGAAGAAAUGCCACAGAUGGAUGAUGCCAUUGGACAAGUUCAAUCUAUGGAUAAUGUUGGGGUGUCGGUAAAGGGAUCUGAUGCUGAUACUCCCCUGAAUGAGCUGGAGGAGUCAUCAAUGCCAUGCCCUACAAAUGAAAACUCAGUAGCAGACGUCCUACGAAAAGUUCGGCCAAUAAAUACCCGGCCAAAACGACGAGACAGCUCUUUGGUCGAGACUUUGAUAUCAAAGAAAGACGUUGACACCAGCAAUGAUGAGGCUAUUCCUGCGAUUGCUGGCUCUAAACGGAAAUUUGACGCACACGAAUCCGAAAACCUUCCGCAGGCUAAGCAACAGAUAGAUGAAUAUCAAUACACUCUGAUGAAGAAGAACCCGAAUACACUACCAGGCGACAUUGGGACUGGAACUGAAAAUGAGCCGGGCCUCUUGUCCGUGGGUAAGGAAGGCAUCAAGAAUUCAACGGAACCUGUAAAGACUCGAAAGGCUCUUGAACCUAAAAACGUGAAUUUAAACCCAAGGUCAACAGUGAAAAAAGUCGCACAUAAUAAUGUUGCUUCUGAGAAACGAAAGUCAUCUGGACGGAGAAAAACAGAAGGAGGUCGCAAUCCCCGCCGUAAAGCUUCAGAUCUGCCGACGAAUGCUAAACUAAAUGUUACUGUUGACGAGGGUGUGAUUCCUUUGGAUAAACCCAUCGAGAUCGCCCUUGAUGACCCGAGCGAAGAUAAUGUAUCCUCAGAGAUACUUGUUGACAGCACAAGCAGCCUGGACAAGCAUUUGCACUCGGAAUAUAAACCCACAAGCGCCAUCGGGCAGCAACCUCUGCGAUCAAGACCGGCUAGACGCUCGCGUGGGCCAGUAAACUAUGCUGAGCCUAGUCUAAGAGGAAAAAUGAGACGUCCCACCGAAGACCUAGUGGACGCAGUGGCAGACCAUACGAUUAAGCGACUUUCGAUGUCAAAUAACGACCAUCCCGCUGGAAUUGAGGCUGGGUUAUCUACUAAAUCCGGUGUCAAGAAAAGUUUGCCCAAAAUAUAUGAUCAAGAUAGUCUUGAGGAGAAGGAUCUCGAAGUGGUUGAGAAGAGCAACUACUCCUCUAGCGAAGAUGAUACAGACACAGAUGGAACAUGGCCAAAUCAGGAGCAAAGGCAUAGAUCUAUGCGAGCACCUACUCCAGACCUAAGUAUCAGACCAGUGAGACAUUCUCGCAGGAAUUCGUCACAUCCGAAUUAUAGACUGGAAAUGAAUUCAAUGGCACAUGUACCGGUAUAA